UGACGGUCGCUGAAAUGACAACUCUUCAGCUUGGGGGUCGCUUAAACGGAUGUUGUCGAAAUGUUUGUCCUGGGCGAGCUGUCGCCCGUGCUGUUGGCAGGCUAUCAGCUACCGCGGCGCCUGUCUUGGACAUGCCUUCUAUAACAGAUAGGGAACGAGCUAAGCAGGCCCUCUUAGACCUUGUAAAGUUCACAAAUCGCGGUCUUGGUGUCCUGACUUUUCAGCGAGGGCUUAUCGAGGAGGCUCAGGUGCGGGUAGAAAGCUUCCAAGGCCCAGAGCUAGAGUACUCGAAACUUCCCGGCAAAUGGAAGCUGAUUUAUACAACUGCUUCAGACGUGCUCCCUAUCUUAGAAGCAGAAUAUUGGCUCAGCCCAGGCCCCUUAUCGGGCUUCGGCAUUCCUCGUCCGUUGGAGGUCGGCAACAUCUACCAGCGAUUUACCAGUCCCGAUGAGGGCGUUGUUGAAAACAUUAUUAAUUUCAAAACCCCGGUGACGUCCCUCACGUUCACCGUGGGUGCAAGAUACGAUGUCCGCAGCGGCAAGCGCAUUGCGCUCGUGUUUGAGAACGCCCGGCUUGGUGAGCUGAAGAUCAGUGAGGCGGCGGAAGCGCUAAUUGCUCCGGCACUGCUGCCCAGGGGCUCACUGCAACACAUGAUCCUGCUGGCCCUGAACGAGUUCCAGCUCAAGUUCCAGUUCCGCACUGCCGCCCAGCUGGCCAGCCAGGCCGUCACGCAGCGGGACAACAUCGCUGCCGGAUACCUGUUGUCGUACCUGGACGAGGACAUGCUGAUUGGCAGGGCCAUCGGACUGGGUGGAACAUUUGUAUUUGUACGCGAG